UAUGAAAAUUGUUAUUGUCCAGACUGUUGAUGCGGGGCCUCUUGUUGAACUUGUGGUGGUUGUUGGAAUGAAUAUUGCUGCGCCAUUUUUGGUUGGUAUUGCUGUGGAACUCCUUGUUGUGGUUGUUGCUGUUGUAAUGAUGAUUGUUCUGGGUUGUACUGCUGUGGUGCUUGUUGUUGUGGUACUUGCUGUUGGGGUUGCUGUUGGGGUUGCUGUUGUGGUUGAUACAUCUGUGGCUGUAUUUGUUGUGGUUGUUGCUGUGGCACUUCUUGCUGUACUAAUUGUUGUUGUGGUGGUUGCUGUGGCACUUCUUGCUGAAUUGGCGUCUGUUGUCCUAACUGAUUUUGAAGUUGCUGGGGAACCGUUUGUGAGGGUUCUUGCUGAUUUCCCGAGGGUGGCAUAUUACCAGCAUUCCCCAAAAGUAGCUGGGCAACAAUUCCUUUUAAAAGACCAUCAUUUCCAGCCAUAGGGAAGGGUAUUGAAGAACCAGAACUUCCUCCUCCAAAAUUAACAAAAUUUGCAUUGACAUCUUCCCCUUCAGGAAUUGAUGGAGGAGGAUUUUUAUCAUUAUUGUUAAAGUUAAAGCUAUUUAAAUUGACUUUUGGUGGAAAUUUGUCGUUUUUUGGCUCUUUAUUAGGUUGAUCUGAAAACGUAGAUUUUCUGUUUAAAUUUAAAAAUAUCCUCACUAUUAAUUGGUUGUGAAUCCUGUUUAUUAGAGUUCUCAUUUACUUUACUAGGAUUUGUAUUUGGUUGAUAAUUAUUUGGGGUGUCUAAAUUUUGUUGAGAAGACCCUGCUGUAUCUGGCUGCUGAGCAUUAUUAUUGUUAGGCUGAACUCCCUGAUUGUUAUAGCUAUUAUCAGAAGGCG